CACCGAGCCGCGCCGCCCCGAGAUGCCUGCUCCCGGCCUGCUGGCGACGGCGAUGGCAAGCGGCCCGGCCCUCCCGGCCUUCCUGCUAUGCAGCACACUGCUGGUCAUCAAGAUGUACGUGGUGGCCGUCAUCACGGGUCAAGUGAGGCUGCGGAAGAAGGCUUUUGCCAACCCUGAGGACGCCCUGCGACACGGAGGCCUCCAGUAUUGUCGGAGUGACCCAGAUGUGGAGCGUUGCCUCAGAGCCCACCGGAACGACAUGGAGACCAUCUACCCCUUCCUCUUCCUGGGUCUUCUCUACUCUCUUCUGGGUCCCAACCCUCUGGUCGCCUGGGUGCACUUCCUGGUGUUCCUCCUGGGCCGCGUGGUGCACACUGUGGCCUACCUGGGAAAGCUGCGGGCGCCCAUCCGCUCCGUGACCUACACCGUGGCCCAGCUCCCCUGCAUCUCCAUGGCCCUGCAGAUCCUCUGGGAAGCAGUCCGUCACCUGUGACCAGCAGCUGACGCCUGCCUGGUGGCCAGACCUUGGGCCAAGAGCUGCCAUGGCCGGAUCUGGGAACUUGGGUGGCUACUGAUUGCGACAAGUCCUGGGUCCUGGCUUCCUGGUGGCCCGCUGAGCGCAUGGAUCCUGGGCUCAAUGGGCCUCUGUGUACACAUGUGUGUGUAUGUGUGUAUGGAUGGAGUGGAGGCACAUGUCUCUUAGCCCCUUAGAUUCCUUCGUGAAGUGGCCGAUUGAAACCAUUUAGAGACAGUUGUCAAGAGUGAUCAAAAAUACUUUAGCUCAAAUAACAGCAUGAAAACUUCACUCCCUCUCCCUCCCUGAGUGAAAAGAGAGAAGGAAGACUCCAUUCAGGAUUCCUUAAAGGGACGUUGUCUGAAUCUGGCGCUAAGAUUGCAGACUUAACUGCACUCCAGUCUGGGCGACAGAGUGAGACUCCGACUCAAAAAAAAA